AGCUGUUGCGGCACUAGAACCGCCCCACUACUUUGUCACCUUCUGUCAGUCAGUCAGUCUUCUCUUAAACCCUAGAUUUUCUCUGUCAUCCUAUACAUACGGAUAUAUACGUAUACACAUUUGUACACACACGAACACCCCCCAAUUCUUAUUCAUACAGAACUAAUUCCAAUAAAGCUCCGAAUUUUAGAGAAAUUGAAAAAUGGAGGUUCCUGUUGUAGAAGAGGGGAAAGAGCUAGUAAAAAACGAAGAAUUUAAUGUGGCUUCAAUAACGGAGGUACCGGCGUCAUCGUCUUCGAGUUCUUCUCCCGUGAUUGGGCGGUUUAGGUUGAAUAAUGGAGUGGCGGAGCUUCGGUUUGGUGAAGAUUCUGAAUCUAAUUUAUUGCCUCAUUUUGAUCUUCGUUGCACUCAGCUUUUUAAACUAAGCCAAGUUCAGUCAAUGUGCAUACAAGAAGCUUCGGAAAGUAAUAAAGAGAAAACCUAUUCAAGGGGAAUCACCAUUCAAUUUAGAAACGAGGAGGAAAGUAGGGCCUUCCAUUGUGCAUUUGAUCAAUGGAAGAAAGAAGUGGUUUUUCAAGCCUCACAUUUGCCAAAUGGGACUGUGUUGGCAUCACAAAGCAAAUUUGAUAGCAAAAUAGAGGCAUCUUCUGCUAAAAUGUACUUCCACUAUUAUGGGCAACUAUUGCAUCAGCAAAAUAUGUUGCAGGAUUAUGUGAGAACAGGAACAUAUUAUGCUGCUGUCAUUGAGAACCGUGCCGACUUUUUUGGCCGUGUAGUUGUUGAUGUUGGUGCUGGUAGUGGCAUUUUGUCCCUAUUUGCUGCCCAGGCUGGUGCAAAACAUGUCUAUGCUGUUGAAGCGUCUGAAAUGGCAGAAUAUGCACGUAAACUUAUUGCUGGGAAUCCAAUACUUAGUCAAAGAAUUACUGUAAUCAAGGGCAAAGUUGAAGAAGUUGAAUUACCUGAGAAAGCUGACAUCUUGAUAUCUGAGCCUAUGGGCACUUUGCUGGUCAAUGAGAGAAUGCUCGAGUCCUAUGUGAUUGCAAGAGACCGUUUCCUUGUUCCAAAUGGAAAAAUGUUCCCUGCAGUGGGAAGAAUACACAUGGCUCCUUUCAGUGAUGAAUAUUUGUACAUAGAAAUUGCGAAUAAGGCUCUCUUUUGGCAGCAGCAAAACUAUUAUGGUGUUAAUUUGACAUCGUUACAUGGAUCUGCAUUCCAAGGAUACUUUUCACAGCCUGUGGUUGAUGCUUUUGAUCCAAGGUUAUUAGUGGCUCCUGCAAUCUCUCAUGUGAUAAACUUCACUUCAAUCAAGGAGGAAGAAUUAUAUGACAUAGACAUCCCUUUAAAAUUUGUGUCUUCUGUUGGCACUCGAAUUCAUGGUUUGGCUUGCUGGUUUGAUGUACUAUUUAAUGGAAGCACUGUUCAGAGGUGGCUGAGCACAGCACCUGGCUCACCUACCACACACUGGUACCAGCUACGUUGUGUUUUAUCUCAGCCAAUUUAUGUCAUGCCUGGACAAGAAAUAACUGGUCGACUUCACUUGGCUGCCCACACUGCUCAGAGCUAUACAAUUCACCUGACAUUAUCUGCUAAGACGUGGGGCCCUGGUGCUGAACAAGGUGGAAUACUCCAUACUUCAACGGGCAAACUUGAUCUAAAAGAACCCUAUUACCGGAUGUCUCAACCCCAGGUCUACCCUGUGGCCCAGGACCAACAAUCGCAGCAAUUGUUGCAAACACAGGAUAUACCAAUAUUAUCCCAAGAUGAAGAUGGAUCAGAUUUGAUGCAACAACCAUUUCAAGAAUCUGGUGCUGAGUUCAAUUCUCUUUGAAGCCAUUGGUUGGUGCCGAGCUCCCAUACUUGUAACAUUAAGCCAUUUGGCCAAACAAUAGUGGAAGAGUCUUAAUCUAGUCACGUAGUUUUAACCGAUAGCUUUUCCAUCUGUGCCUGUAAAUUAAAAAAAGAAAAUACGAGAUUUACUUCAUAUUCUUCAAGUGGUGGCAGAUAUUUUACAACUAAAUUGCCUCGUUGAAAAUUACUGAGUCAA